AUGAUGGAUGAGCUGCUGGCAGACUUGCCCCCACUCCGAAGCGGUGUCAGAGGGCUGCCCGAGUUGUGGCCAACCCCAAAACUAGAUCACUACAUCAGUACAGAUGACUCCUGGGAUCAACCUCCACGACGCUUCCAGGGGCUCUGUCUGAAUAUAAACACAAAAUUAGAUCAGCUGGGGAAAUGCAGAGCCAGCCUUGCUUUCUGA